AUGGCGGCUCCUCUUCGAGCUAAACGGCUCGCCGAAGCGGAUCAGUGGCGCCGCCACGCGCCUCCGAGAUCCGGCGGCAGCAGCGGAAGCGAACACUCCGCCGACGAUUGUCUUUCCGAGCUGGUGCUCGAUUUUUUGGAAGACGGCUGCCGGAGUCCAUCGCCGCCGGAAGCGGAGGAUUGUUGUUCCGACGCGGCGGAGGUCGAUGUUGUAGCGGCCGAUUGUACGGAGGUCGUCGGCGAAAUCCGGAAUAUUGUAAAGCCCGUGAACGGCGGCUAUGUUGAGCCGUACAGAGAGCUGCUUGUGGCUAAUGUUUGGGAAGCGGCGGAAAUGGCUUCGUCGGACGGCGUCGUUUCGCGGCGGAGGCUCGUGACUUUCCUCCGCGAAUUCCACCAUAAURCGGCUAUUUGCAAGACGAAGUGGGGAAACUCCGGCGAUUUCGCCGCCGGCGACUACGAGUUCAUCGACGUCGUCAACGGGAACCUCCGGUACUUGAUUGAUGUCAACUUUCGUGCCCAAUUCGAGAUUGCGAGGGCAACGAUCCACUAUUCAGAGUUAUUGAAAUGUCUACCUACGAUUUUCAUCGGGACGCCAACAGAGCUAAAAAGGAUCGUAAGGAUCAUGUGUGAUGCAGUAAAGAGAUCGCUCAAUCAAACAAAGCUUUCAAUGCCUCCAUGGAGGAAGAAUAAUUACAUGGUGAAGAAAUGGUUGGGGUCAUAUCGUCGAACUACAAAUCCAGUUCCCGAUAAGAUGUCGGUGUCGAAUACUUCACUUGGUUCAUCGGUGAAAUGUAGGUGGCUUGGAUUUGACAUCGUCAUCUCUGAUGUGGAGGUAAAUGACUGUGCUUUUGUUUGCUGAAGAUCGAUCAAGACAAUCUAGAGACAACAAUUAAAGGAAAAAAGUAGCAAUAUUACUAUUAGCUCCACCRCUAAAUUUUUGACAAAUAGGAGUAUGGAUCGAGGAUAGAAAGGAAGAGAGAAAAAUUAUAUUUUUGCAAAAAAAAAAUUUUAAGUUAGUAGGUAAGUAUUAUUCUUUAUUUGGUCUUGAGUUUUAAAAACUCGGAUACUAAAUAAAGUAUGAGUCAAAUUUGUCGUGCUUACGUGGAAUAUGUUUGUUUAAAUGUUCAAAUAUGUCCAC